AUGUUCCUCGACGACAUCCCAGAGCUCCACGCCCAUGUUUGGGUAGACGAGGAGCAGCUUGCUGAGUAUGACGACGAAGACACGUUCCCCAGCAAGACGAAGAAGUCGAAAUACAUCGAAGCGGUGGCAGGAUCGACCUUCUCCGUGAGAGUCACUACGAGCCUGGCUAUGGCGCGCGAUCCCAGGGAUUGUCUGGCUGUCCACGUAUACCUGGACGGAAAGCAUGUUCAAGGCAGGAUCAUUCGUACUGGCGAUCGGCACGCCUAUCAGACAGUCAAACUCAUUGGGCCCGAGACAACUACUAAGCAGGGUACCACUGUCCAAAAAAUGCAAUUUGCGCAGCUUCGGACCACUGAUGCUCCUGUCGGGACUCAGAUAGCCGAAGACCUCAAGCAACUCGGCGAUGUAAAGAUUGCAUGCUGGUGGGUCCGCCAUGCUGGGUUAUCGCGGGACGGGCACAACUCCAAGUUCAAAUCCGCAAUCGACUCGGGUGUCCCCGAGAAGUGCUUGAAAGGCCGUGCGAUAUCUACUUAUGCUACGUUAGGGCCUGCAGAGCACGUCCAUGAACCGGUCAAGUACUGGGAAACCACUCGCCCUUACGGCGAAGACCCCAUCGCCGUUUUCAUCUUCAAAUACCGGUCGCGCAGAGAUCUUCAAAUCGAAGGCGUGAUUCCACGCAGCCCUUCCCCUGUCCCACUGGAGGAACGAGAUCCGGAUGAUCUUUCUCCAGAAGAAGCACGAGAGCUCGUUCGACGACAUCGACAACGCGAGCAAGAGCGGAUCAAGAUCAAAAAAGAAGCCCAAGAGAAGCGAGCACGCUCUGAUGCCUUCGACGGCGACAGCGAUGUUGAGGAGCUCUCCGUCACCGGCGAAGGCUCCGCGAGGAAGCGCCAUCGCACGUCGACUGACUCUGGCGUCGAGAUAGUCGACCUCACAGAAGACUAG